CAGACUGAGGCUUGGAGACCCCAGCAUUCCACUUGCCACUUCGGCGCGCCCCCAUGCCCUCUUGUGCGCGUGCGCAGAGGCGGACCGCAAGGCUAGGGCGCGAGGGAAGGGCGGGCGUACGUCCUUGCGUGCGUCUCAGGCAGCGCGCACGCCGGCGUGAGAGGGCACGGGGGAAAGGUGGCUCUGGCCGGGGCGGCUCGGUUUCCUGGGGCUAUGUAACUGAGCUCGUCGACUUGGGGGUCCUUCCUCGGUGCAUUCGCCGCGUGCUAGCAGGGAGUUUCUGCUCGGGAGAGGGACUGUCCUUACGCCCGCCGCGCCUCCUCGACGGCAGAGCAGGCUUGCUCGCCCGUGGGAGCGUCCCGGCCGAGAAGCCCUGAGGGGGGAGGGGAGGCCAUUUUGUCCCGACCGACUCCCCGGAACCGGGCGGAGCGGCUGGGAGAGGCUGCGGAGCCGCGGUCGCCGCCCUCGGAGGCACUGGACGCCGCCACUGUCGGGGCUUCCUCGAAGCUGUUUCGUAGGUCGCCCGCGCCCUCUCGAGCCUUCUUUUUUCCCACGCUUCCCCGGUCCUCCGGCCUGAGAACGCCCGAGUGAGGAGUUGGCCGUAGUGAGAGGGACCGAUCCCUUGGGGCCGCCGGCGGCGAGAGCCCGAGCCGCUCCUCCCAAUGGCGAAGAAGACGUACGACCUGCUUUUCAAGCUGCUCCUGAUCGGGGAUUCGGGAGUGGGGAAGACCUGCGUCCUUUUUCGUUUUUCGGAUGAUGCCUUCAAUACUACCUUUAUUUCCACCAUAGGAAUAGACUUCAAGAUCAAAACAGUUGAAUUACAAGGAAAGAAGAUCAAGCUACAGAUAUGGGAUACAGCAGGCCAGGAGCGAUUUCACACCAUCACAACCUCCUACUACAGAGGCGCAAUGGGUAUCAUGCUAGUAUAUGACAUCACCAAUGGUAAAAGUUUUGAAAACAUCAGCAAAUGGCUUAGAAACAUAGAUGAGCAUGCCAAUGAAGAUGUGGAAAGAAUGUUACUAGGAAACAAGUGUGAUAUGGACGACAAAAGAGUUGUACCUAAAGGAAAAGGAGAACAGAUUGCAAGGGAGCAUGGUAUUAGGUUUUUUGAGACUAGUGCAAAAGCAAAUAUAAACAUCGAAAAGGCGUUCCUCACGUUAGCUGAAGAUAUCCUUCGAAAGACCCCUGUAAAAGAGCCCAACAGUGAAAAUGUAGAUAUCAGCAGUGGAGGAGGCGUGACAGGCUGGAAGAGCAAAUGCUGCUGAGCAUUCUCCUGUUCCAUCAGUUGCCAUCCACUACCCCGUUUUCUCUUCUUGCUGCAAAAUAAACCACUCUGUCCAUUUUUAACUCUAAACAGAUAUUUUUGUUUCUCAUCUUAACUAUCCAAGCCACCUAUUUUAUUUGUUCUUUCAUCUGUGACUGCUUGCUGACUUUAUCAUAAUUUUCUUCAAACAAAAGAAGUAUAGAAAAAUCAUGUCUGUGACUUCAUUUUUAAAUGUACUUGCUCAGCUCAACUGCAUUUCAGUUGUAUUAUAGUCCAGUUCUUAUCGACAUUAAAACCUAUAGCAAUCAUUUCAAAUCUAUUCUGCAAAUUGUAUAAGAAUAAAGUUAGAAUUAACAAUUUUAUUUUGUACAACAGUGGAAUUUUCUGUCAUGGAUAAUGUGCUUGAGUCCCUAUAAUCUAUAGACAUGUGAUAGCAAAAGAAACAAACAAAAGCCAGGAAAACACUCAUUUUCGCCUUGAAUAUGUAAAUGGGAUUAAUUUUGUCCUGUGCCUUAUGUGGAAAGGAACUUCUUUGGUUUUCCUUUUUUGUUCUGGUGGAAGCAUGUGCAGGAGACAUAUCAUCCAAACAUAAACCAUUAAAAUGUCUGUGGUUUGCUUGGCUGUAAUUUUCAAAGUAGUUAAUUGAGGACAAAGGGUAAUGCAGAAGUGAUAGCUUUGGUUUGCUGAGUCUUGUUUUAAGUGGCCUUGAUAUUUAAAACUAUUCCUGCCAUCAUUUCUUCUCCUUGGCCACUUUUUCCUUGCGUCUCCCUGCAUGCUGCUUUAUUUGCUUCUCCCUCCCCCACCACCUCAUGGUAUAUUUAAGAGUGAAAGGGACAAACUAGUAUAGGUUUGUCAAGUUUAAUAUAAAGCACUGAUGUAACUUGCUAGGUAAACGGAAAGAUAAGUUCUAACUGCCUACUAUCCAAUGUCAGUUAAUUGGUGUCUUCCCCCUCAUUUGCUCUCUGCCCUAAAAUGUGUCCCAGAUGCCUUCAUUCGCUGUUUUACUUCUAUGUUCUGCUUUUCCUCCUCUCUGUUCCCUUCCUGUCUAUCCAUUGAGUUUAUGAAAUGGAAGAGUUAACUGCAUGCACUAGUGUUUGGAGGGUGUUGUGGUUUGUCUUUCUAAUUAGGUGUAUAGCCUAUUCACUUUCCUAGAAUAAAUCUCUUUAACCUAAAUUUGAGUAGUCCCCAUUUUGGCAACUCCUCUAGCAGCUUGGUAGCCUAGUACAGGUUGUUUUCUUGAAAAAGCAGGAAGGAGGAGUGAAUUUUAUUAACAUGUUUGCCAAAUGUAUUGAGAUUUGGCCUCUGAAGAACACUUUCAGUGUUGUCUUUACCUUAAGAUUCAGAAAUACUUUAUUAUUUUAAGUCCUGUCUUUACAUCCUUUUGGAAAACUUGUAUUGCCAUGGAUUUGGAAAAAGGACAACGAAAGGCUUUUCAUGUAAAGAUAAGAUUUUUAGCUAUCUCUAACCCUGUCCUUUUUUCACUGCAUUUUUUCUAGUUUUGCUUCAUUGCUUAUCAUUAGGAUAGGGUAAGUGAAGUUUGCUAUGCUGCUAGCAUCCUAAGAUGAUACCUUUGUUGAAAGAAUUGUGAAUAGCAUGAUUCAUUUCUAGCAGAGGCUGAGUUUAGGACAGCAGCUUCCAUUGAGAAGUCUUUCUGUGUCGUGAAUAGCAUUUUAAUGACCUCUUGGCUCACAUAAGCAAACAACAUAGGGACGUAUCUGCUAUGAAAAUCCACAAAUUUUUCAGAUAGUGCCCUAAAAGCAAUUUUAUAUGCCUCACUGGUUGUUGUUAUUAGGUUGUUCCCACACUUGACUUUAUCAUUGUUUACUACUAGUAAAAAGCAGCAUUGCCAAAUAAUCCCUAAUUUUCCACUAAAAAUAUAAUGAAAUGAUGUUAAGCUUUUUGAAAAGUUUAGGUUAAACCUACUGUUGUUAGAUUAAUGUAUUUGUUGCUUCCCUUUAUCUGGAAUGUGGCAUUAGCUUUUUUAUUUUAACCCUCUUUAAUUCUUAUUCAAUUCCAUGACUUAAGGUUUGAGAGCUAAACACUGGGAUUUUUGGAUAACAGACUGACAGUUUUGCAUAAUUAUAAUCGGCAUUGUACAUAGAAAGGAUAUGGCUACCUUUUGUUAAAUCUGCACUUUCUAAAUAUCAAAAAAGGGAAAUGAAGUAUAAAUCAAUUUUUGUAUAAUCUGUUUGAAACAUGAGUUUUAUUUGCUUAAUAUUAGGGCUUUGCCCCUUUUCUGUAAGUCUCUUGGGAUCCUGUGUAGAAGCUGUUCUCAUUAAACACCAAACAGUUAAGUCCAUUCUCUGGUACUAGCUACAAAUUCGGUUUCAUAUUCUACUUAACAAUUUAAAUAAACUGAAAUAUUUCUAGAUGGUCUACUUCUGUUCAUAUAAAAACAAAACUUGAUUUCCA